AGUGGCAAAAAACGAAGCUAUGAUCUUGUAUUACGACAUAGCAGUGUUUCCACCAUACUUUACCACACCGACAUGAAAAAAUUAAUCCUCGUGAGGCAGUUCCGGCCAGCAGUGCUUGUUGGCCAUGCACUUCGACAACCAGAAAACUUUAACAAGAAACUUUGUGAUAUUGACUGGACGAAGUAUGAUGCAUCACAUGGUUAUACUCUCGAAUUAUGCGCUGGCUUGAUUGAUAAAAAAAUUCCAGUGGUUGACAUAGCUCGCGAGGAAAUUGAAGAAGAAUGUGGUUACGCCGUUAAAAACGAAGAUAUUCAUUUCGUUACAACUUACAAGUGA